GAACAAAACAUGAUAAUUCCACUUUUUGUAAAAAAAAAAGUUAGCAAUGACAUUCGACAGAAUACCAUAAAUUACGUCGCCCGUUAAGCUGGUGUGGUUCAAAUCAUGCUUAUUCCUGCAGUAAAUCGUCUCUAAAGUUGAAAGUUUGAUGCAAAUCAUGAUAUUUCCAUGUUUAAUAAUAUUAAUAAACGAAAUCGGAACAAAACAUGAUACAUUUCAUACAUUUCUGGUACGCAUAUUGAAAGUUGGCACAAAAUAGGUUAUUUCCUAUGUUUCCUGUCAUACAGACUUUUGAACGCUUUAUUAGCUUAAAUCCUAGAGUGCCGAAGCCGUAAAAUAGUUUAUUAUUUUGUCUAUGGUUGGGCUGUGUGUUUGACAUAUGUCAAAUGACUUGAUUCAAGUCAAUGUCAAAAUAUUAGAUCGGUCGCAGUUGGUCGUUAAUUCGUGUGAAAAAUUGUAAACUUCGAGUAAUAAUUAUAACUAAAUUGAGUACUUUAAAGUUUUUUCAAGUGAUUUACAAGCAUGUCUGAGCAGUCAAAUACUGUUGGUGCACUCAAUAGUGGAGCGAAGAAAAAGAAACGUCGAGAAAGGAAAGCUUUAUCCGAAAGAAACAAUAAAUACGUAGACAAUGACCCGCUGGGCUUAAGAAUUCAAUGUACGUGUAAUCAUGGAACAAGGAGCAAUUUUAAAUGUAAACAAAUAUCGCAACGGGAUGUCGUUCGAAACCGAAAAUCUUUUUAUACAACAUCCGGAAAAGUUCACCAAGACGUGUAUUUGUGUCGUCUUAUUAGUGCAUUUGAACCCCAGCGUAGAGGCAAAGGUACACCACGUCCUUCUGGUAAAACGAAACUUCGAAAGUUAAGUACUUCAUUCUUCCUAUAUGGGAAAAAGAAAGUAAUGAAAAGGGUAUGCAAAUCAUUUUUCAUGGCAGUAUUUUCUAUCAAAAGGCAGAGGUUAUCAACUAUUAUCAAAUGUGUGAUGGAUGGCAAAGUUCCAAAGGAAGAAAGAGGAGGUGACAGGCGUUCAGCUAAAUCUCAAGAGAAAAAAGAACAUUUACGCAAUUUUCUCCGAAACCUUCCUUGUAGUGAAAGCCAUUAUAAUAGAGCAAAAAGCAAGAGGGUGUAUUUGGAUGCCGGUUUGAAUAUUAAAAAAUUGAGAAUGCUUUACAAUAAUAGUGUCACAAAUGAACUGAAUGUUAAGAGAACAAUGUUUUACGAAGUGUUCACAUUUGAAUUUAACAUUGGAUUUCGGUCACCUGCAUCAGAUGCCUGCAGUUCCUGUAUACUAUUGAGUAAUAGUAUUAAAAAUGAAAAAGAUUCAUCAAAAAAACAAGAACUAAUGACAAAACUUCGCAUCCAUAAAUUGCGAGCAAACUUUUUCUUUAAACUUUUGAAAGAAAAGGUUGAUAAUAGUAUCACUAUAUGUUUUGAUCUCCAGCAGGUGUUUCCUCUACCGAGGACACCAAUUCAGGAGGCUUUUUAUUCCCAACAAAAUAAUUCUUGUCUGUAUAAUUGGGAUGAAACAGAAUCUGGCAAGGGUGCUAUUUCAAUUGGAUCUGCGUUAUACUGCUUCUUGAAUACUCAAACAAUACCGGCUAAUGUGAAGUUAGUAAGACUUUUUUGUGAUGGCUGCGGGGGCCAAAAUAAAAACAGCCAUGUGUUGCAUAUGCUGCUAUUUUGGCUUCAAAAUAAGUCCCCUGCACAUGUUAAGGAAAUACAACUUUUUUUCCCAGUGCGAGGGCAUAGUUUUCUGCCAGCAGACCGUUUAUUUGGUAGAAUUGAGAAAGAUGUGAGAAAAAUACCAGUGAUUACUACGAGGGAAGAAUAUUUUGAAAUAUUUUCUAAACAUGGCAGAGUGUGCGAGCUUGGUAAAGAAUGGUGUUUAUAUGAUGUAAAAGGUUUAGAAAAUCACUAUAAAAAACUUGUGGGCAUACAAGGAAUGAAAAAAAUUAUAUUCAAGAAGUGCAAAUCUUCUCAGGGCAGACAAUUGAACUGCGUAGUAAAAUCUUCACCAAACUAUAGAUUUGAGUCCGGAGAACAGUUUAUAUCACUACUGAAAAGGGGCAAACGUCACCCCAGAAAUAUAGAACAAAUUCAGGAAGAACGCGGACUAAGUCUUGCAAAGAAAAAUGAUGUGACCAGUCUAUUAAUAAAACAGUUCGGUGCCGAUUGGGAGAACCUUUCAGCAUUAGAAUGGUACAAGCAAAUAUUAAGCUGUUCUAGAAACAUUACAGAACAAAAUGAACAAGUUGAUGAUGAUGAAGCGUGUAUUUGUACUGAGAUGGAUAUAGAAGACAUAAGAAUUUAA